UUGACCUUCUGGGUCGGCAAUGCCAAGCAGGCUGCUUCAUUUUACUGCAACAAAAUGGGGUUUGAAGAAUUGGCCUACCGAGGCUUGGAAACUGGAAGCCGAGAGGUGGUUUCACACGUCAUCAAGCAGGAUAAGAUUAUAUUCGUUUUCUCCUCGGCUCUCAACCCUGGAAAUGAAGAAAUGGGAAAGCACUUAAUACAGCAUGGAGAUGGGGUCAAAGACAUCGCCUUCGAAGUGGAGGACUGUGAUUUCAUCGUGGAGAAAGCUCGAGAACGUGGGGCUCAGAUAGUGAGAGAGCCCUGGAUAGAAGAAGACAAGUACGGGAAAGUGAAAUUUGCAGUCGUUCAGACGUAUGGAGACACCACUCACACACUCAUAGAAAAGCAGAAUUACAAAGGACUCUACUUGCCUGGAUUUGAAGCCCCUCUCUUUAAGGAUCCACUCUUAAAAAAACUAUGUCCUGGAAAACUUAAUUUUAUUGAUCACAUUGUGGGGAAUCAGCCUGACCAGGAAAUGCUGCCGGUGGUAGAAUGGUACCAGAGAAAUCUCCAGUUUCACCGCUUCUGGUCUGUGGAUGAUAAACAACUGCACACCGAAUUCAGCGCUCUGCGGUCUAUUGUUAUGGCCAAUUACGAAGAGACCAUCAGAAUGCCCAUUAAUGAGCCUGCGAUGGGCAAAAAGAAAUCUCAGAUCCAGGAAUACGUUGACUAUUACGGAGGGCCUGGAGUCCAGCACAUUGCUCUGAAUACCUUAGACAUCAUUGCUUCCAUCACAAACUUGAAAGAACGUGGCAUGCAGUUCAUGUCUGUUCCAUCAGCUUACUACCAGAAACUCCGGGAGCAGUUGAAGACGGCCAAGAUCAAAGUGAAGGAAAACCUUGAUAAAUUAGAGGAACUCAAAAUCUUAGUUGACUUUGAUGAGAAAGGAUACCUACUUCAGAUCUUCACCAAGCCCGUUCAGGACAGACCAACCGUCUUCCUUGAGGUCAUUCAGCGCUACAACCACGAGGGAUUUGGCGCGGGAAACUUCAAAUCUUUGUUCGAAGCGAUUGAAAUAGAUCAACACGCUCGGGGCAAUCUCACCAUCCUGACCCCCAACGGAGAGUCCGAGUCCAUGUAAGGUGGAAGUUCUCAGAAUGAAAUGUGGUAGGAAAAGAUGAGCCACCUACCUUCUGUUGAUACCUCUCCAUGUCUGGCCUUUUUCUUCAAAUAAAAAAAUGUGAGCUUCUC